AUGGUGCCACUGCACGGUGCGUCGGCGAUAUCGAAUUUAACAGUUGAUCUACAAGUCAUUAUAAAAGAGCUUGAAGACCUUUGCAGUGGUCUCACAAAAUUCGAUCAACAAGCACCGAGGCCUGUAGACCUCCAGGUGUCUAAGCGAAUGUGGGUUUGGAAAAAGAGCAAGAUUACUGAGCUCCGAUCCAAGGCGAACACAACCAAAAGCUCCUUGAUCUUGUGCUUCGGAGCCCUUAUCUCAUCACAGAGUGCAAAGCAAACAAGACUGCUAUUAGACAUAAAACAAAUCGUCGAAGCAGCUUCUUCCCGAUCUUCCAGUGAACAGCUUCAGGGGGCCCAGACUGCUGGUCAAACAAAUCAAGACAACACCAACGAAAUAGACGCUUCCCUCGACCAAGCUCAUGCCGAGUUGACCAACCGUAGACGCACAUUGCGAGUUGGCCAUCAUGACAACUUGGUGUCAUCGACUCCCAAAGAUGAUUCCCCAGUGCCUAUAUUCGUUCUCGCAUUUUCUCAGCAAUCCUGUUCCCUCUAUUGCAAGUGCCAGUGCCAUCUCACCUCCUUUUUUCAAACACCCGAGUGGAUCCCUACAGUAUUUAGUUCUCUGCUCUUUCAAUGCAAUAGCAUGCCAAUCCUGAGGCCCGAGAAGUGCGACGUAACUGGUUGCAGGAAUCAAUCCUCCUUGAGACUUGUUUACCUCUUCCCAAAAUGGUUCGUUUCUCAAGCUACCACGCUCGCCACGUCUUGGAACGGCUUGACUGGUAUAGGAGCUACAAUACAUCUCCAGGUUUCAAGAAUAGUGCCAAGUGGGCAAAUGCUUUCAGUUGUCUUGAAUUCUGAUGAAAACUGGAUCAAACAAAGCCUUUCAAAUUCAACGAUAUUUCCUACUGAUGUUGACGAAGAUGGAUGCUCACUUCUCAUGCUAUCCCUUCGUUAUGUCAACUUGACUCUUGCAGAAUUUCUUCUUGAGCAAGGUUGGCCCACAAACACACAGAGCUGGACUGGGUGUUUAGACGACAUUGGGUGGUCUCCGUUGCACUGGGCCAUCUACUUAGGCGAUUAUAACUCGUUCAGUAUCCUUCUCCACCAACGCACUGGUAUAGAAACCACAUCACGAGGCGGCUGGACGCCACUGCACUUUGCAGCAUACUAUGAGCCUCCCGGGUCAGUGAGAAUGGCUCGAGAGCUUCUUGACGCUGGGGCAGAUGUCCAUGCUAGAGUUACAAGCCCCUCCCGAUCCAUUGGGGAGACUGCCAUUAUCUUUGCUUUCGACAACCCGGAGAUGAUUGAACUGCUACUGGCUCAUGGAGCUGCAACAGUCAUCCAAACUGAUCUGAACUUAGAAAGCCCACUGUCAUACAGAGCUCGUGGAACAUGCAAUAUCGAAAGCCAUGAUCCGAGGAGGCACAAUUGGGAACGGUCACUUGACCUUCUUAUCAAUGCCGGAAUGGACCUUGAUACUCCAUCCCAACAGGCAAGCUUUGAAGGCCGGACGCCUAUCCACGACACAAUUUUGUGGCGCAAUGCUGCGCUGCUAGAAGUUUUGCUGCAACGCGGAGCUAGGCAAGACGCCACCGACAAAGAGGGAUCGAACAUGUUACACUUUGCCGCCCAGAGCGCGAAUUCAGAGCUCAUCGAGAUUCUAAGAGGUGCUCAUAUCAAAGGAAUCAACUCAAAUCAACAAAACACGGCUGGCGACACGCCAAUGAAGAUAAUGAUAGCCAGGAUGCUUGGUGACCCUCGAAGGCGGCAACCGGGUGAGGUGGCGCCAACGUAUGACGAGAUGUUAGCAUUCAAACAUCUGCUCCAAGAGAUCGAAGAACGAAACUCAGAAAUUUCAUUGAGAAACUUGAGCAGUUUCGCCUCGGAAAACCGCAUUCAAGAGAUAGGAGGGGAAGCCAUAACAGAUGAAAGCUAUAACCGAAUCUUUCACAGAAGCUUGGUUCAUCCUAGCACAAGUCGGCAUUUUGGACUUAUGUUGAUGUCAGAUGCCUAUGAGAUCAACAGUGCUUUGGUUCUUUCUGAUGAUAACGGUGACAAUGACAUGGAUGACGAAAGUGAAGGCACCGAAUUCUUCGAUGCAGUUGAGAGCAUCGAAGAUGCAUCAAUAGGCUGA